AUGGGAAAGACUUGUUUUUCUUUGAACUGCAAAUGCAAAUUGAUGUUCCAGAAGAUAUUUCAUGGAGUAAGGCAAUUAAUGCCUGUAUUUUCUGGCAGUAUCGAGAAAGAGAUUACAGGAUUUCUUGUUCAUCCAUGAUUCUCUCCAUCCACAGCAUGGAAGGGUCUAUUGUGCGCCUGCCAGAGAUAGUCUCCUUGAAGAAGAAAUACAAAGCCUACCUCUACUUGGAUGAAGCUCACAGCAUCGGUGCAGUGGGCGCAACAGGCCGAGGAGUUGUGGAAUACUUCAGUAUGAGUCCUGACGAUGUUGAUGUAUUAAUGGGAACAUUCACAAAGAGCUUUGGCGCGGUUGGAGGUUACAUAGCUGGCAAAAAGGAGCUUGUGGACUUUUUAAGAACUCAUUCUCACAGUGCUGUGUACGCCACAUCUAUGUCUCCACCUGUAGCAGAGCAAAUCAUCAGAGUAAUUAAAUGUCUCAUGGGACUAGAUGGGACAACACAAGGGCUCCAAAGAGUGUACCAGCUGGGGAAAAACACAAGAUACUUCAGACGAAGACUGCAUGAAAUGGGCUUCAUCAUUUAUGGCAAUGACGAUUCUCCUGUUGUCCCCUUACUCCUUUAUAUGCCUGGUAAGAUAGGGGCUUUUGCGAGACGCAUGUUAGAAAAAAAUAUUGGGGUGGUUGUGGUUGGGUUUCCAGCUACUCCUAUCACAGAAUCCAGGGCUCGGUUUUGUGUGUCAGCUGCACAUACACGGGAGAUGUUAGACACGGUUUUGAAUGCUCUGGAUGAAUUGGGUGAUUUUCUGCAACUGAAAUAUUCCCGGUAUUCCAAGUCAUCUCAUCCGGAACUGUAUGAAGAAACUAGGCUUGAACUUGAAGAUUAAGUUUCCCACCCAUGAAGAGAACAUUAUGAUGCUAUGAAAGGGGGGAAAACCCAAAACCUAAAAAAUACGAAUGCAUUUCUUCCCUUCUAAGGACAAUUUUUGUUUCUCAGUAAACUGAAAGGAGGGGAAGCUUAGGUGUUGCAUUUUAUUGUAUCAAAUUUCUGUAUUCAAAAGACUGAAAUAUUGAUACAGAUUUGCCUCCCCAGGAGAUUUGUCAUUCUUACGGUAUUUUUGAUGCAGAAUUAGUGCAUCCAUUGAUCGAGUUGUUAACAUACAGCUUUUGUUAUGGCCCCUUUUUAUGAAGAGGCUUCAGAUAGUCUUAAUUAUGACUGAAAUAAUAAAGUUUAAAAA